AUGUCCCCACAGCCCCACCAUGGCUUCCUGCGGUUUUUGACCCCCCCUCAUAUCUUUCUGUAUAUGUACCCCGCUUCAUGUCUUUCUGCGUCUUUGACCCAUCCCUCAUGUCUUUUCCUCUCCUGUAUUUCUCUGUCUUUGCACCCUCCUGCGUCAUCUCUUUCUCUGUCUUUGCACUUCACCCCCUGUCAAGACUUUGCCCCAACGCCAUGUCUUUGUGCCCACCUUCGACGUCUUUGUGCCCCCCCCCCACGUCGUGUCUUUGCGCAUCCCCUCUUGUUGUCAGUUUCUCUUUCCUUACAUCAUGUCUACUUCCUUUUCUAUUCUUUCAUCUCCUACACCUUGCCUUCCGCUUGUUUUUCUAUCUCUUUUUCAUUAUUUAUUUUUAAGCAUAUUGUAUUUUUUUUUUUCGUAUUUGCUGUUAUUAGACUUUUUUCUGAUUUUUCUUCUUCGUGUCUCUUUUCUUCCACUUUUUCUUAUUUAGAAUGGAUUUUUUUCUUAUUUCUUCGCAUUUUACCAUUCGUCUUCAAAAUUGUCAAUUUCUUUGCAUCGCUGUCUACACCAUUUUCUUUCUUGAUGCUUCAUUUUCCUCCUACCGCCAUCUUUUUUCCUGCUUGCAUAAGUUUCUCUGAUUCUCUGCACGUUCUUAAUGUUUUAUAUUGCCGCCGCCUUUCUUUUUCAUUUUGCUACAUGAUUUCUUCAUUCUUAAUCCUGAUUAAAAAAAUAUAA